AUGGACGCAAGGUUAAUUGGAAAGAUAUGCAAGUCGAUAAGAUACAGGGACUAUGAGACUGCAAUUUUUCUAACGGCAUAUCUGACUCAGCAAAAGCCUGAGUACAGAACGCUGAUGUCCAUAGUGCUUUAUCUGAACGGGGAGUACUCCCGUGCGCUCUUUCAUCUCCACAGGCUCAACACAUGCACAUCUAAAUACUACGAGUCUCUUUGCUACAAAAAGAAAAAGGACUACAAGAAGGCGAUCAAAAGCCUGGAGCACAUUCUCGAGGGAAAGGUUGAAAGAGACCCCGAGGUAGAUGCAAGGAUACAAGAGAUGUUUAUUGAUCCUGACGAUGAUGAGUUUUUUGAGUCUCUUCUUGGAGACCUGUAUACUUUGUCUGGGCAUCGAGAAGAAGCGAUUGGGCACUACACAAAGUCCUUUGCAAAGAGCUUUUUGUUUUCUGCUGUUGAAAACCUUCUGCUUGAGAACAAGAUUCCUCUGAAGAGAGACAAGGAGAACAUCCGGCAGAUGGGGAAGAGGGGGAUAGAGGAGGAGUAUGUGGCAGACAUCAUUGAGUUCCAUGAGAGCCUUGGGCAGUCUCUGAUAAAGAAGUAUUUGGAGCAUGUCCCUGGAGUUGGAUCAUACUUCAUUUCAAAUGCAGCAAGGAGGUACUUCAAUCUUGGAAUGAAUGAUAAGAGUAAGGCAUGCUUUGAGCUUGUAAGGAGAAAGGAUCCCAUGUUUUUACACAACGUGGACUACUACUCGACCAUCCUGUGGCACUGCAAGGAUGUUUAUGAGCUCGGAAUGCUGUGCAAGAAUCUGAUCAAGCAUGCACAGGACUCUCCUCACACAUGGAAGGCAUUAGGGAACUUCUAUAGCCACCAAGGGGAUUACCAAAGGAGCGUUCUGUGUUUCAAGAGAAGCCUGCACAUAGAAGAAGAUUCAUACACGUAUACGCUUCUGGGGUAUGAAUCAAUCCAGAGGAACGAAUAUGACAUAGCAAUGAAGUACUUUAAUCUGUCACUAAAGAUGCUUGGAGACAACUACAGAGCAAUGUUUGGAUGUGGACUGGUGUACACCAAGACAGAAAGGCUAGAUAAUGCAGAGUAUUUUCUGAAGAAGGCCAUAGAGACAAAUCCAGGAAACCUUCAAAUCAAGGUCCAUGCAAUGAAGUUCUACACAAGGAAGGGGCUUACCGACCAGUCGAUAAGGCUCUUCAAGGAGGCGUUCUGUAUGAAGUACACAGACAUUCACAAGAUUGUUGAGUGCAUUAUAUCGAGAAAGGGAAGCUUCAGCAAUGUUGAAGAGUUCUUAGUCCUUGAGUUUGUAGAGAUUCUUGUUCUCCAGAAUUUGUCCAAGCUUGCGGCAGAUGUCCUGAGCUGUGUGGAGUAUAGGGGGGAGUCUUAUAGUAAAAAGAAAGAGCUUCUUCAGGAUAGGAUAGAAUGA